AUGUAUUCAAAUCAUACAUGCAGACUUCUUUCACCUAUAUCCACUGGGAGGACUACUGUGCUUGCCUGUGCGUGCCUCCGGCUCCAGGUGUUAUAUAUACUGCCCCUCCCCACCUGACACAGCCACAGCCCAUGCACAUCCGGCUUUGACGGACAGCAGCAUCUCCAUCUCCUCUCUCUUCUCCGUCCGUCUCCUCCUCUCUGCUCAAUUCUCUCCUCUAGUACGAGCAUGACGAGCCCCAGGCUGAAGCUCUUCGGCUUCCACUUCUCCUCGGCGGAGGAGAGCCACACCACCAUGGACACGGCCGAGCACGAGGCGGCCGAGCCGGAGAAGGGCGGCUCCGACUCCUCCUCGUCAUCUACCACCACGACCACGGCCACGGCGGCGGCUGCGGCGGGCGGCGGGGGUGGCGAGGGGCGGAGGUACGAGUGCCAGUACUGCUGCCGCGAGUUCGCCAACUCGCAGGCGCUGGGCGGCCACCAGAACGCGCACAAGAAGGAGCGGCAGCAGCUCAAGCGCGCGCAGCUGCAGGCGGCCGCGGCCGCCGCGGGACGCGCGGCCGGGGGAGGCGCGCUCUACCCUCGUGGCGCCGGCGGCAUGAACCCCAUGGUGUCCGCCUUCGCGCAGCCGCCCCACCUCCUCGGCGGCGCCGGCGACGGCGGGACGGGGCCCACCAGCUGGGUCUACUUCUCCCCGCGCGCGGCCGCGGUGGCCGGCGGCGCCCAGGGCCAGCAGUUCCACGUCUCCCACGGCUGCGUCUUCCCCUCCGGCCGGGCCACCCCGGCCUCCGCCUCGCCGGCCGUGUUCUCCUACGCGCCAACGGCCUCCUCCGCAGCGCAGGCCGCCGCGGCGCCCUACGUCGUGCAGGCCGACGUGGUGGACCACCACGGCCGGAGGCUCCACGCCGCCAGCUUCCCGAGAUACCCUGGCAUGGUGAUGGCGCCGGAGCCCAUGGCCGCCGCGCCCGAGGACGCGCUGGGGCUGGACCUGCAGCUCAGCUUGUGACGACUCCGGUCGAUCGAGAGCCGCGUACACUGUUGCUCCGGUAAAAAAAGGAAGGGAUGAAUUACCCACCCACUACUACUAGUACCUGCAUGCGUCCGAACUAAAGCUCGAUCGAUCGAUCCUCGCUAGUACUACUAGGUAAUUAAAUUAGCUAGCGGUAGUAAGUAAAGUAUAAGUAAUUUUUAGCUUCCGGGCUAGCUUCGGAGUGUUAAGCCGGCCGCCCCCUGCCUUGUAACCGAACCAACUCCCGUACGUUCCUGAUAUGAUCCGAGAUCGAUCGAUGACGUCUUGUAAAUUCUUGGUCAAAUCCAUUCACCCAUCCAUCCAUCAUCCCUCUCUGCCAUUUGCAGUGUUGAUCAAUAUCACCCAUUUUCUUGUUGA